GAUCCAACCGCCUCCUGUCCCCGUCUCGUUCCAGACCAGCUUGUUAGACACUUUUUUUAUUCUCGUCGCAUUUGCUACGCAUUCGCCGUUUGCAUUCGAGCAAUCUCUGCAUACCACCAGCAUCUAGUCGCCUUCACGAAGCCUCUCUUACGAACUUCAGCGAGACUCAAUAUCCGCAACCCAUCGCAGGUCGAUUUAUCAACGUUCCUUCAGGAGUUCCAACGUCUCCUCAUCGCUCAUCACCAGCCAUCCCUUAUAUUUCUAUCGCAAUGGCCAUCAACGUUUCUGCCGUUCCCCAGUCCCUGUCCCUCUCCGAGGCUGUUACCCAAGCCGUCCAUCAUAUUACCUUCUCAUUAAACGGCCGCCUCCCGGAAGAGACCCUCCGGAAGCUUCAAUUCCUCCUCGUGUCCAAUUUGUCCACUCACUUUGCGCCCUCCUGGGAUCCCACCGACCCUACCAAAGGCUCAGGCCGUCGCUGCCUCCUGUUCUCUCAAAAUUGCCCGCCCCGCCUCGUCCACGCUGCGUGCGUUGCUGCCGGUGUUGCAUGGCAAGACUGGGCCCGGGCCCUUAGACACCCCGACUUCGAGCUGUUCGUCAACCCCGGCUGCAUCUUCGCCAGGUACGGCGAGUGGGGAACUCCCUCCUUCCAUGUCACCACCCUCUGGGAGCCCAGAUUGAGUGAGGCAGAUAUUCAGAGUCAGAUCCGUAGCCAAGCGACGGCUAAGCUUGCCGCUGCUACGGAUGCCAGGAAAGUGAAGGAGGAGAGUCCCAAGACGCUCGCCCAGCAGCUCUUGGAGGAGGACCAGGAGCAGAUCGGUGAAGAAAUCCUUGCUCUCAUCGCUCAUGAAGUGCGCGAACCCACCUGGUUGACGCCCAUUCUUGACAAGUUUCCCGUCCCUUCUGCGCCCCCUAAGUAUCUGUGCCCCCCGCGCAGGGAGGACUCCGUCUCCCCCGUCUCUACCCACUCUCGUUCGUCUUCCUCCUCGGAUAACUCAGAGUCUUCGGAGUUCUCCUUCUCGUCGAGCGGUUCGUCGUCUUCGAUGACGAGCGUAUCCAGUGCUGGGAGCAUGGAGAAGAAGAGUGAUGCGGAGAAGCUCAUGUCUCGGAGGGAGAAGGCCAGGCAGGCGCGGGUUUUUAUCGACAAGAACAAGAAAGAAGUGACGAGUUACGAAGGCGGCAGGACGACCGUCCUCACGGGCGGUGUCAUGCUCGGUGGCCCGGCCAAACCCAAGGUCUAUCAAGCACCGAAGCCCUCAAGGGCCGCUGCUCCCACUUCGCCCGCGUGCUGGCGCCGCCUCUAAUUCUUCCUCGAUGGCCAAUCACGACUCUCAAGCGAAUACCCCACACCAUUCACGAAAACUGAAAACGACACAGAGACACUAUUUUCGGGACCCUGUUCACAUAACCUACCGCACUGACUUCUUAAUCCGCUGUUUUCCUGCUGUGCACUGUCCAUAUUCUCUUUUGCUCCGCUGCUGUUUCAUUAGCUGUCAUCCGUGACAAAAUUGUGUAGCCUAUUCGCCUCGGGAUUCGUUUGGUCGUGCUUGCUGUCUAUAUUGUAGGUCCAUGUAAUUAUUCCGCACCCACUUCCCCUGUUUCCAUAUCUCCGACUUGUGUCCUUACAUUGCCUGUAUACGUAGUAAGCCGGAGACGGCCUGGUCAUACACCGUGUGUAUAAAUAUAGCUGGUUUGGGAGACCUC